AUUUACGCAAAUGCAAUCGAAGCUUUCUCCAGAUUUAUCACUGAUGGACUUGAUCUGUCCUGACCAAAGCUGUUGAAGGAGCUCAAACGAGCGAUCAUUGCCAAGAUGUACAUGGAUACACAUGAUGGUCCGUCCAGCAGCUUUCAGCCAAGAGGCAGGGGUGGCAGGAACAACAACUCGAGGGGAGGAUGGAAUAGCCAGGGGGGAAGGAACAGCAGCAGAGGAGGUGGCAGGAGCAAUUACAAUCAGUAUGACAACGUCCACCCACCUCCUCGAGGCCGAUACGACGAAGGGAGGUACAAUGAUGGUGGUAAUAGGUAUAACAAUGGGUCAGGCUUCGGAGGAAACCCUCGGGGAGGCUACAGAGGCAGCGGCAGGCAGCAACCAAGAGGAAGGGGAAGCUGGGGGAACAACAACAGAGGAGGCAGGAGUGGAGGGUACCGCACAGCCGCAGGACCGGGCGGUGGUGGGCGACUACCACAGAGACAGGCAUAUGACCAGCCACCCGACAUUGAGUUUGUUGCGGCCUUGAAAGGGCACAAGAGCACCAUCACUGCCAUGGCAUAUGACAGCAGCACAUCACAGCUGUACACUGGCUCCAAAGAUGAGACAGUGAGGCUGUGGGAUUGCAAAGCUCGAGGCAACUGCUUGAGCGUGGUGGAGGUGGGCGGCCAGGUGGACUCACUGCUGCUGGAGGGCGGCUACCUCUUUGUGGGCAUUCGCGUGCUGGGCAUGCAACCUGUGCCGGGCCUCAUAAAGGUGUACAACCUGACGACGGGAGCGCAGCACGACCUGGCAGGGCAUCAGGAGGAGGUGUUUGCAUUGGCGGCUGCCAACGGCCUGCUGCUGUCGGGGGGCAAGGACAUGUCCAUCCGCGUCUGGCAGCAUGACACCGCCUCUGGCACCUUCCAGCCCUCGGUGGUGAUCACAGCCGCUCAAGGGGGCCACCAGGCGCCGGUGCAGGCGCUGCUGCCAUUUGGCAACUGCCUGGUGUCGGCUGACUGGGCGGGCGCCAUCAAGCUGUGGGACAUGGCGUCCGGGCAGUGCAUGCAGACAAUCCAGCAGGCUCACAAGGAGCCCAUCAUGCGGCUGCUCCAAUGGGAGAAUGUUUUGAUCAGCUGCUCGCUGGACUCCUCCAUCAAGGUGUGGCAGCCCAUAGACCCGCCCACACCCGGGGCAGUCAUGGACAUCUCGCCUGUCUACGUGCAGCCGCCCGAUGAGGCCGGCAAACCAGCGGAGAACUGGGGAGGGGUGCUGGCCAUAACCGGGGCCAUGGAUGGCGGCCAGAAACCGCUGCUGCUGGCGUCCUACAACGACGAUGGCUGCGUGCGCCUUUAUGACCUGCCCACAUUUGCAGAGCGCGGCCACCUGCCGGCCAUGCGCGACGCGCGCGCUCUGGCCGCCGCCCCGGGGGACAUCCUGGCGGCCGGGGACAACAACGGCGUCGUGAAGCUCUGGCGCUGGCGGCCCGCGCCCAUGCCCCUGGCCUAG